GGGGACAGAGUCAGCUGGCAUUUGAAAACAACAAGAAAUUUCAGGUUAACUCCAGGUUAUAAAACUGAUCAAAACCAACCAAGAUGUUUCUACUGCACUGUUUUCAGCAAAAGAAACAAGAAACACCUGUGGAUGAUUUUGUGGCAGAUGAUCACAAACAGCAUCUCAGCUCUCAGACAGAUGUUGCUGCCACAAAUGUUCCAGCCUCAGAAAAGUCAGCUGAUGCUGGAAAACCAAAAAAGACAAAGUGGCUCUUUGGUCACCCUGAGAAGAAGGGAACUAGUCCAAACCAGGAUGUAGCAAGAAAGGAAAACAGCAGCCCUGGAACAUCAGACAAAAUGAGCAAGCAGCAACAGUCGUUUUCUCAACAGGACAGCACAGAAAUGUUCGACUUCUCGUUGCCUAACGUGACCAACACUGAAAUCGCAAAGACGAGAGUGUGGUUCGAGAUAAAAUGUAAUGGUGCCACCGAAAUUUUUAUCAGCGAUUUUGUUAUUAAAGCAACCGUCGACCGCUUUGGGCUUCCAAACGUUGGACAGAGUUGUUUUAUGAAUUCCAUUCUGCAGAGUCUUCUAGGGCUGAAGGAUUUUGUGAGGGACAUAAGCUGCCAAGAGCACAUCUGGAGUUCAGUCCCUCAGGCCCAGGUGUUGAGAAGAUUAAUGGACAUCAGAAAUGCUCACACUUCCACAAACGCUCUAAUUAAAAGCAUCGCCCUGAGUUUAUUUAAGGAGGAUGUGUCAGUCCAGGCACCCGAAUUCAGUGAUUGGAAACAAAAAGACGCUCAUGAGUUCCUGAUCUCGGUCCUACACCAGAUGAGCAGUCUGUCCCCUCUGCUGAGGCAGGCUGCAGAAAGCAUGGGCAGCAGCUACACCUGCCCUGUUGAAGAUCAUCUGAUGUUCAAGAUGGAGAAUGUCAGGGUCUGCAAGAGCUGUGGGGCUGAGUCAAAGCAGCAAGAAGCAUUUGCCAACCUGUCCCUGGAUGUGAUUAGUGGAGGCUCUGUGGAACAGAUGCUCGAACAGUACCUGAUGGAGACAGAGUUGGAGUACAACUGUGAAUGUGGAGGGAAGCUAUCAGGCCAGAGGUCGACCUUUGUAACCCUGCCAAAAGUGCUUGUUUUGCACCUAAAGCGUUUCAGCUUCAGCCCCUCCUUCAAGCCGGUGAAGGUGCAAGACCCCAUUGUGCUGCUCAAGGACCUGGUUGUGUCCUCCACAGAGGAUGGCAGCUGCUACAGCUUGGUCAGCAUCAUCAGCCACUUUGGCUCCACUGAACAAGGACACUACAUCUGCGAUGCCGUCCAUCCAGACAACAGUCCAGAGGAGCCAACUGACCGCUGGAUCACCUACAAUGAUGCAGCGGUCUCUGGGACAACCAGUGAGUCCGUCUGUGAGCAGCGACAGAAGUCGGCCUACAUCCUGUUCUACAAGAAAUGUGUAGAAAGAAAACAAGCAAACAACUCUUUAACAUCCUGUACUCACACUCACAAGGAGCAGAGCAGUUUAUAACACUCCAACACCGCAGUAACUGUCAGUGGUUUGUUUGUAUUGUUAGUUGUAGAACAGCAUGUACAAAGUGGGAUGGAGGCAUAUUUGGACUAAAUCUAAAUCAAAUCAAAUUUAUUUAUAUAGCACUUUAAAAACAUCCAGCUGACCAAAAUACUUUAC